UUUAUAAACUUGUAAUAAAAUAUUAAGAUGGAAUAUAUGUGUAUUUAAUGUAUGUAUGUGUGAAAUACUUUAUAGUUAUUAAUCUAAUCACUUUUGUGCUGUUUUAUAGACUCUCUGAUAACAAAUAAAUAUUUCAUUUUCUUCACUGUCUUCUAAAAUUUACUGAACAUUGAGGUUUUUAAAUGAAUAUGUCCUGUAUGAAACACACAUACUGCUUGUUUUACUAUAAUUCUGUCCAUUUAAAUCAGUCCACAUGUGAAUCAAGAGUUGAAUAAAUUAAAUUAAAUAAAAUACAUUAAAAUAAGUGAUUGUUGAAGCACGUGCGUGUUUAAAGGUUCAGCAUGUGUGUUGAUACUGACACAGGAAAUUCAGUCAGUAUAUGAAGUUACAGACUGUUCACACGACACACUUUCACACGGUUUCAAAUCAGCAGCAGCUCAGGACUUGACAUCAAUAAAUACAAAUCAUUUUAUGCAUGUAAAUACUAACGUGUACAAGAGUGUUUCAGACAGGAUUGUCUGUUACUGAAGAGAUGGACAUGGCAGAGAAAAUAAUUAUUUUCUGUUUUCUGUUAGAAGGUGUUUGCUGUGGAGAUUUCAACAUCUAUCUGCCAGAGAAGAUUAAAGCUCUCAGUGGAUCUUGUGUGAUCAUAAAGUGCAGAUUUGAGAUUAAAGAAGAAUUUGACAAAGACCUCACCGAGAGAGCUACAGGAGUGUGGUUCAAAGAUGGGACUGAAGCGAACAAAAAUGUAGUGUUUAACUCAAGGACAUCAAGCAGAAACUUCUUAAUUAGAGGAAAUAUAACUGGAAAAUUAAAAGAUAAGGACUGCACCACUGUAUUUUAUGACCUCAGAUCAAAUCACAAAGGUCAGUAUUUCUUCAGGAUUGAGGGUGAAGGUAAACUGAAAGAGACCUAUAGACAAGCCAAUGUUUCAAUAAAUGUGAUUGAGUCUCCUCCCAAACCCAGAGUGCAGCUGUAUGUGGAGCAGAAGGAGGUGCAGGGCCAGGAGGAGGUGUUGGAGGUGUUGGAGGGGAGCUCUGUGAGUCUGCGCUGCUCUGCUGAGACUCUCUGCUCCUCUCCUCCACCAACUCUCACAUGGAGCUCCACUCCCAGAAUCCCCCUCAGUGAGAGCAGCAGACUACAGGAGCUCAUCUCUGAUCUGAACUUCACUGCUACUCACCGUGAGCACGGAGUCACUUUCACCUGCACUAUAACCUACCAGCUACAGGACAAGUACAAAACAGAACAGGACAGCAUCGCACUACAUGUUCAGUAUUCACCCAAAAACACAGCAGUGUCUGUGCUUCCCUCCAGCUCUGUGUUGGAGGGCAGUUCAGUGACUCUGAUCUGCAGCAGUGAUGCAAAUCCAGCAGUGAACUACACCUGGUCCAGAGAGAGUGAAGGACAGUUGAAGCAGCUGCAGACUGGAGACACUCUUACCUUCAAUAGGACCGACCCGACACACAGAGGCUGGUACCACUGUACAGCUCAGAACCAACACGGCAGCCAAAACUCAUCAGUGAUGCUGGACAUUCAGUAUGCCCCAAAAAUCAUGUCAGCUUUAGCGAUUCCCUCCAGCUCUGUGUUGGAGGGCAGUUCAGUGACUCUGAUCUGCAGCAGUGAUGCAAAUCCAGCAGUGAACUACACCUGGUCCAGAGAGAGUGAAGGACAGUUGAAGCAGCUGCAGACUGGAGACACUCUUACCUUCAAUAGGUCCGACCCGACACACAGAGGCUGGUACCACUGUACAGCUCAGAACCAACAUGGACACCACAACUCAUCAGUGAUGCUGGACAUUCAGUAUGCCCCAAAAAACAUGUCAGCUUUAGCGAUUCCCUCCAGCUGUGUGUUGGAGGGCAGUUCAGUGACUCUGAUCUGCAGCAGUGAUGCAAAUCCAGCAGUGAACUACACCUGGUCCAGAGAGAGUGAAGGACAGUUGAAGCAGCUGCAGACUGGAGACACUCUUACCUUCAAUAGGACCGACCCGACACACAGAGGCUGGUACCACUGUACAGCUCAGAACCAACACGGCAGCCAAAACUCAUCAGUGAUGCUGGACAUUCAGUAUUUUCCUCAGAUCUCAGUUUCUUCCAGCUGUAGCAGAACUGGUGUAACUGUGUGUUUCUGUGACACUGAUGGAAAUCCCUCUCCUGAACUGGAGUGGCUUCUGUCAGGACGUCCUGUCACUAACUCUUCAAACACGUUCAUCAGUGAAGAGCGAUUGAGCAGCACAGUCUUGAGGAGCUCCAUCACUCUCCAUCAGUCUCUCACAAACACAUCUACUCUGCAGUGUCUCUGCAGAAACACUCGAGGAACUGCGAGUUAUCUGUUUCAUCUGCCUUCAUCUGUUGAACGUUUGAAUCAUUUCUCUUUGCUGAUUGGAGUUGUUGUUGUGGCUCUGGUGGUCAUGUUGUUAAGCGCCAUUACAUGCAUCUGUGUACGAUUGUCCAGUAAGCAGAAGGCUCAGAAUGAGGCAGUAGACACAUAUGCUUCUCUUCAGCUCUCUGCUCCAGUCUCUGAAUAUGAGACUUUGAACAUUAAGCAACAAAUACACGUCUGAUCUCCUCCUCUGUCUUCCUCUGUCAGCUGUACUUUCAGGAUUUUAAAAAUACACAUAUCCAAUAUGAAAGACUUAUAAAAAACAAUGUUUCAUAUCUGAUACAUAAAGCACGAAGACCAAGCUUCACUACCAGAGAAAUAAACUAUUUUGACAUUUGAUUGGAGCUAAAUCUGUUUAGUUUAAUAAAUAAUUUUACGCAUUUAGAAACUUGUAAUAAAAUGUUAAGAUGGAAUAUAUGUGUGUUUAAUAUAUGUAUGAAAUACUUUAUAGUUAUUAAUCUAAUCACUUUUUUGUUGUUAUAUAGACUCUCUGAUAACAAAUAAAUAAUUCAUUUUCUACAUUGUCUUCUAAAAUGUACUGAACAUUCAGGUUUUUAAAUGAAUAUAUUCUGUAUGAAACACACAUACUGCUUGUUUUACACCAUGAAGAUAAAACAGAUGAUAAUCAUAAUUGACUUGGUGGUAAUUGUGGUAAUAAUGGCACUUUUGUAUAUAAUCACAGUGUAUCUGUUUGUAUCGCUAAAAAACAGUGAUGUCUUUUUAGCAGAAUGUAUAAAGUGGUUAUUUAGCAUUUUCUUAUGUUUCGGCUUUGAACACACUUGGCAAAGGGAACAGUGUCCUCUUUAUCUACUGUAUGUUCAGAGCCUAGUGAAACUCCAUGGUAAGACAAAACAAUCAAUUGAUUUAUUUUAUAGACCUUACAGUCUUAUAGGAUUUGUUGUUGAGAAAAGUUUGUAAGUCUUUAUAAUCUUUUGAGGUUAUUUAUUGAUCAUACUGUGGCUUCUAUUGUUUUCUUCAUAAGACCUCUGAAACGGAAACCUUGUGUUCUGUUUGUUUUUCAGAGGCACUGCCUCCUUCAGACUGCAGAUGAGUUUUAGUUCUGUGAUUCAACCAAUGAAAGACAAACUGCAGCAUCUUCCAAUAAGUGU